ACACACACACACACACACACCCCGGCAGGCUCGUCUGAACUUGAAGACACCCCACAUUCCAAGAUGCUCGAGGUUCCUGGGAAUGCCCGGGGUCCUUCGAUUCGGAAAAUCCUACCGGCAUCCUCCUAGGGAGGGAUUAUCUUUUUUUUUUUUUUUUUAAUCUGGAAGAGAAGAGAGCAAGUUAUGCUUUUCCCCCCUUCUUCAUGCUAAAUGCCAUGGAUAUAACUGAAUAAGCGGCUCAGGGUUCUCCCCGCGUGGACGUCCGAGGCCACCAUCUGCCCGCAUUCGCCGGAGCCGGAGGGUUUAGCUCGAGCCUGUCUCGGGCUGGGAAGGAUGCGUGGCCGAGCCAGGGAGCCCGGGCGCCCCGCGGAGCCGGCCUCAGUGCCUCCCAGCCGGGGGUAGAUGCUGCCUCGCCCAGGCACCGUGGCCUGAGUGACCAGACCAUGGAGACCCUGCUUGGUGGCCUGCUGGCGUUUGGCAUGGCAUUUGCCGUGGUUGACGCCUGUCCCAAGUACUGUGUCUGCCAGAAUCUGUCUGAGUCACUGGGCACCCUGUGCCCCUCCAAGGGGCUGCUCUUUGUGCCACCUGACAUCGACCGGCGGACCGUGGAGCUGCGCCUGGGUGGCAAUUUCAUCAUCCACAUCAGCCGCCAGGACUUCGCCAACAUGACGGGACUGGUGGACCUGACCCUGUCCAGAAACACUAUCAGCCACAUCCAACCCUUCUCCUUCUUGGACCUCGAGAGCCUCCGCUCCCUGCACCUCGACAGCAAUCGGUUGCCGAGCCUCGGGGAGGACACUCUCCGGGGCCUGGUCAACCUGCAGCACCUCAUCGUGAACAACAACCAGCUGGGCGGCAUCGCGGAUGAUGCCUUUGAGGACUUCCUGCUGACGCUGGAGGACCUGGACCUCUCCUACAACAACCUCCAUGGCCUGCCCUGGGACUCCGUGCGGCGCAUGGUCAACCUCCACCAGCUGAGCCUGGACCACAACCUGCUGGACUACAUUGCCGAAGGUACCUUUGCUGAUCUGCAGAAACUGGCCCGCUUGGACCUCACCUCCAACCAGCUGCAGAAGCUGCCCCCGGACCCCAUCUUUGCCCGCUCCCAGGCUUCUGCUCUGACAGCCACACCCUUUGCCCCGCCCCUGUCCUUCAGUUUCGGGGGGAACCCUCUGCACUGCAACUGUGAGCUUCUCUGGCUGCGGAGGCUCGAGCGGGAUGAUGACCUGGAGACCUGUGGCUCCCCAGGGGGCCUCAAGGGUCGCUACUUCUGGCACGUGCGCGAGGAGGAGUUUGUGUGUGAGCCGCCCCUCAUCACCCAGCACACGCACAAGCUGCUGGUCCUGGAGGGCCAGGCGGCCACGCUCAAGUGUAAAGCCAUCGGGGACCCCAGCCCCCUUAUCCACUGGGUAGCCCCUGAUGACCACCUGAUGGGGAACUCCUCGAGGACUGCGGUCUAUGACAAUGGCACCCUGGACAUCCUCAUCACCACAUCUCAGGACAGUGGUGCCUUCACCUGCAUCGCUGCCAAUGCAGCCGGAGAGGCUACAGCCACGGUGGAGGUCUCGAUCAUCCAGCUGCCACACCUCAGCAACAGCACCAGCCGCACUGCACCCCCCAAGUCUCGCCUCUCAGACAUCACGGGCUCCAGCAAGACCAGCCGGGGAGGUGGAGGCAGUGGGGGUGGGGAGCCCCCCAAGAGCCCCCCAGAACGGGCUGUGCUCGUGUCUGAAGUGACCACCACCUCGGCCCUGGUCAAGUGGUCAGUCAGCAAGUCAGCACCCCGGGUGAAGAUGUACCAGCUGCAAUACAACUGCUCUGAUGAUGAGGUACUGAUUUACAGGAUGAUCCCAGCCUCCAACAAGGCCUUCGUGGUCAACAACCUGGUGUCAGGGACCGGCUAUGACUUGUGUGUACUAGCCAUGUGGGAUGACACGGCCACAACGCUGACGGCUACCAACAUCGUGGGCUGCGCCCAGUUCUUCACCAAGGCUGACUACCCACAGUGCCAGUCCAUGCACAGCCAGAUCCUGGGUGGCACCAUGAUCCUGGUCAUCGGGGGCAUCAUCGUAGCCACGCUGCUGGUCUUCAUCAUCGUCCUCCUGGUGCGCUACAAGGUCUGCAACCAUGGGGCCCCCGGCAAGAUGGCAGCGGCUGUCAGCAACGUGUACUCGCAGACCAUGGGGGCUCAGCCACCACCUCCAGGCAGCACACCCGCAGGGGCCCCGCCGCAGGUCCCACCGAAGGUGGUGGUGCGCAACGAGCUCGUCGAAUUCACAGCCAGCCUGGCCCGAGGCAGUGACUCCUCUUCCUCCAGCUCCCUGGGCAGUGGGGAGGCUGCAGGACUGGGACGGGGCCCCUGGAGGCUCCCACCCCCUACCCUUCGCCCCAAGCCCAGCCUUGACCGCCUAAUGGGGGCCUUUGCUUCCCUGGACCUCAAGAGUCAGAGAAAGGAGGAGCUGCUGGACUCCAGGACUCCAGCUGGGAGAGGGUCUGGGACGUCGGCCAGGGGCCACCAGUCGGACCGAGAGCCACUGCUGGGGCCCCCCGCGGCCCGGGCCAGGAGCCUGCUCCCCUUGCCCCUGGAGGGCAAGGCCAAACGCAGCCACUCUUUCGACAUGGGGGACUUUGCGGCUGCGGCUACAGGAGGGGUCGCCCCUGGUGGCUACAGCCCCCCUCCUCGGAGGGUCUCGAACAUCUGGACGAAGCGCAGCCUCUCUGUCAAUGGCAUGCUCUUGCCCUUUGAGGAGAGUGACCUGGUGGGGGCCCGGGGGACUUUCGGCAGCUCUGAGUGGGUGAUGGAGAGCACGGUGUGAGCCCAGGGGUGGGCAUGCUCUCUCCCUGCUUGCGGGGCGGGAGGAGAAGGGAAAAGAAUCUUUACU